CUCCUGAGGUGAUGUGUCGCAGAGCGGAGGAGGGUGUUUGGCCCUCGCUUCUGGUCUUCUCUUCUCCUUGCAACCUUUCCGAAAUCGGGCCCUCUCUUGUGGCCUCCAGCAAAAUGUGGAUGACGCCCAAAAAAAGCAGGAUGGAAGUUGACGAGUCUCGGGUUUUCCGACCCGAGUGGACCCAGCGUUACUUGGUGGUGGAGCCUCCGGAGGGAGACGGGACUCUGUGCCUGGUCUGUCGCCGCCUCAUUGUAGCCACCCGUGAACGCGACGUCAGGCGCCACUACGAGGCCGAGCACGAAUACUACGAGCGGUAUGUGGCGGAGGGCGAGCGCGCGGCCCUGGUGGAGCGUCUGCGUCAGGGUGACUUGCCCGCUGUCACCCCGCUCACUACGGAGGAGAGAGCUACUCGUGCAGGUCUCGGGCUUGCCCGCCUGUUGGCUUUGAAGGGUCGCGGCUGGGGUGAGGGGGACUUUGUUUACCAGUGUAUGGAGGUGAUGCUGAGAGAGGUACUGCCCGACCACGUAGGCGUUCUGGAGGGCAUUGAUUUAUCUCCCGAGAUCACAGGGCAGAGAAUCCUGAGCAUUGACAGGAAUCUACGUAGGCAGCUUUUUAACCGAACCAGGGACUUUAAAUCCUAUUCCCUUGCCUUGGACGAUCAAGCUUUUGUGGCGUAUGAGAACUACCUCCUCGUCUUUAUACGCGGAGUGGGCCAUGACAUGGAGGUGCAAGAAGAGCUUCUGACCGUAAUCAACUUGACUCAUCACUUCAGUGUCGGUGCGCUCAUGGCGGCAAUCCUAGAUGCCCUGCAGACGGCGGGGCUUAGCCCUCAGCGAAUGGUUGGACUGACCACAACCCACACUUUGAGGAUGAUUGGUGAGAACUCUGGAUUGGUCUCCUACAUGAGAGAAAAGGCUGUAAGCCCCAAUUGUUGGAAUGUUAUUCAUUAUUCAGGCUUUCUUCACUUGGAACUGUUGAGCUCCUACGAUGUGGAUGUUAAUCAGAUCAUAAAUACCAUAUCCGAAUGGAUAGUUUUGAUUAAGACCAGAGGCGUUAGGCGACCCGAGUUUCAGGCUUUAUUAACUGAAUCUGAAUCAGAGCAUGGUGAAAGAGUUAACGGACGAUGUCUGAACAAUUGGCUCAGAAGAGGGAAAACUUUAAAACUAGUAUUUUCCGUAAGAAAAGAGAUAGAAGCAUUCUUAGUUUCAAUAGGGGCAACCACAGUCCAUUUCACAGACAAGCAAUGGCUUUGUGACUUUGGCUUCUUGGUGGAUAUUAUGGACCACCUUCGAGAACUAAGUGAAGAAUUGCGAGUUAGUAAAGUCUUUGCUGCUGCUGCCUUUGACCAUAUUUGUACCUUUGAAGUUAAGCUGAAUUUACUUCAGAGACAUAUUGAGGAAAAAAAUCUAACACACUUUGCUGCCUUCAGAGAAGUUGUUGAUGAGCUUAAACAGCACCUUAAAGGAGAUCAGAAAAUAUUUGAUCCUGACAGGUAUCAAGCGGUGAUCUCUUGCCUCCAAGAGAAAUUUGAGAAGCAUUUCAAGGACCUCAGGUUCAUUAAAAAGGACUUAGAAUUGUUUUCAAAUCCUUUUAACUUUAAACCUGAAUAUGCACCUAUUUCAGUAAGGAUGGAGCUAACAAAACUUCAGUCAAAUACAAACCUUUGGAAUGAAUACAGAAUCAAAGACCUGGGGCAGUUCUAUGCUGGAUUGUCUGCUGAAUCUUACCCUGUUAUCAAAGGGGUUGCCUGUAAGGUGGCAUCCUUGUUUGAUAGUAACCAAAUCUGUGAAAAGGCUUUUUCAUAUUUGACUCGAAACCAACACACUUUGAGCCAGCCAUUGACAGAUGAGCAUCUCCAAGCCCUGUUUCGGAUUGCCACAACUGAAAUGGAGCCCCUUUGGGAUGAUCUUGUGAGAGGAAGAAAUGAAUCUAAUCCAUAAGCUUUUGCAGUAAACACUAAAAAACUCAACAAGAAUUCAGUUCUAAAGCCAAAAAUUGGUUUGAUUUUUUUUUUAAUUUUAUCAAAAAAUUUAAAAAAAAAGAAAACAUUUCAAACAAAACAAAGGAAUAAGAAAAACAAAUUAUUUUAGGAUAUUUGUUUUUGAUUUUUUUUUUUUAAGUUUACUAAUUUGGAUUGUGGGAAAGCACCAAAUUGAUCAUGAUUCAGAUUCUAACAGUUGCCUUUUUUUUUCUUUUUUUCCUUUCAAGGGCAGCAUGGGACUGAAACAUGAGAACACUACCUUUUUUAAAACCUAGUUUAAUGACAAAGUCAUUGUCUUUUCCGUUUACCAUAUAAUUGUUUUUUAAAGAAGCUUAGUACUGAUAAUGUCAGUUGAAUUAGAGUAUAUUUUUAAGGUAUCCUGAAGAUAUAUUCCAAAAAUGUUAGCUCUUAUUUUAACAAUGUGUUAAAAUUCUCAUGCAUGUAGUCUGAAAUUAUCAACUGCUUAAAUGUAUGUUUGGACCAAUUUGCAGAAACUUGCAUAGCAAGUUCAAAAAGAUUCCAAAAAGGAAGAACACACAUACAUUGGAGAUAUUUUGUCUAUCAAAAUGGUUGACUGUUUUUUUUAAACGAACUUUUUUUUUCAGUCCGAAGUAAAUAAUGACCGAGUUCCUCCCUUUUGCCCCUGGCCCCACCUACCCCGGUGCUAUUGAAUUUUAGUCAGAGGAGCAAGAAUUAUUUUUAAGUUGCUGGUUUAGGAGGUUUCCUGCAAUUUGGAGAUCAGACUAACCAAUUAUAGGAGGUUUCCCCUGGAUUUUUCAAAAUCAAGGGCUUGUUGUAUCAGCUUGCUUAUUAAAGGAUUACGGUAAGUAUAGAAUUGGUUAAUGGUUGCCAGUUAGUAAUUCUUUCUUUAACCCAUACAGGAGUUUGGCCUUGUCCUAAAAGAUGCCCUAAUAGAUUUUAGCACUCCAGGAUCAAAAGGUGUGAGAUAUUUUAGCAUAUUUGUUCUAUUAUGGAUGAUACUGCUUUAUAAAGAAAUCUGCUUAAAGGGAACCCUAUAUUUUAAAGUGGUAUUUAUAAUAUUAGAUUUUGUUAGGUGCUGGAAAUGGAUUUAUUCUAUUCUAGAAUUUGAAACUGUCCCACGCAUUUUAUAUUUAAGACAGUGCAUAAGUAGAAAUAUUGAAAAGAAGAAGCCUUAUUCACAGGUUGUAGCAAUUCCAUAUUUCCAGUAAGACAUCUGCUUAGUGCUAACACAGUGAUUUUCAAACUCACAUUAACCCAUGAAAGGAAAUCAUGCAGUAAAGCCUAAUAUAUAAAAUUAUCUUAAAAACAGGACCCAAGUUAUAGAUCCUCUCAAGUACAAUUAGAAAAUUAUUGUGCUGAAGUCCUGUCUUAAUUAUUAUUAUUAUCCUGUGGUCACUAAUCAAGCAAAUUCAAGGAACCAGGAUACAACCAGUCCAGAAGGAACUGAUGCCAGAGCAGUCAAAAUAGAUUCAAGAGCCUAACUACCAAAGUUGUCAGUGGUUCUCAACCAGAGGCAAUAUCCCCUCCCUCCAGAGUUUGUUGGGAACUGUGGGGUUGCAUUUUUUUGGUUGCCAUAAUUACUGGGGGGUUCUGCUGGCAUUUGAGCCUGAGGACCACCCCACCCCCACCCCCACUGUGGUGCAUGAGACAUUCUGGCACAGUUAAGAAUUCUCUCUUUCAAAAUGCAAGUAGGGCCCCAGGGGGAGAUUAUUUUAUUUCAAAGGACAGCACAUAUUACCAGUAGAAACAAAAUUAGAAGGGAAGUUUGGGCAAAUUGACAGAAUACUUGAGAGGUAAAACUAAUUAGAACAUUCUGAGUUUGGCUCAUAGGGUUCAAUAAAGUUUCCUUGAUAGGUUCCAGGAGCUCACAAUAGCAUUUAGAAAUCAGAAAUUGGUGUUGAAUCACAUUAAAAGGUUAUACAUAAUUAGUUUUGGGCAGAAAAACAAGCGUUACAUAUUCCCAAGAUAUUUAUCAGGAAUGGUCAGGUUGAGAUUUUGGUAACGGAGUAAACUUAAAUAUCUGGAAAAACAGUAAAAAAGAUUCUAGAAAACAAACAAAAAUCUACUGUUAAUUUCCUGAUAGUUUGGAGUGUUCUCUUUCAAGACAAGUACUAUAUUACAUGAGUGAUUGAGAGACCUAAAAGCUGCUGUGCUGCUUUCUAAUCCCAGUUCCUCAAAUAUUGAAGUACAUUUUGUGAAGUUACAGUAUAUGUUUCGCUUUAGGUAAUAAUAAAAUUAGUUUAUAUCAUAUAGUCACUGAGGGUAGUGGGGGUAUAAGCCAAGAAUUUUAAAUUGACCCUCAACAAUAGAGAACUUGUUAUCAACUAGUCUUGUUUGUUUAAAAAAAAAAGUGUAUACUUUACUGUUUUCUGCAUUAAGUAGUUCUGUAACUGCAUGUCAGUCUUUUUUUAUAUUGUUACUGGUUCUGUUGUGUCAGUGAAUAUAGUAAAAAUAAGCACCAUCUUACAAAAACUCCUAUGUCCCUACUAGUUACUGUCUUAUAUCUCCCAUCCCUACUAGUUUUCUUGAAAGAUUUGUCUUUAUUCCCAGUCUCCCAUGUCUCCACUCAAACUGUUCUUCCAAGGCCACUAAACCCUUGUCAGUGUUCUUACCCUGCUUUGAUAUCACUGAAAACCUUCCUUGAAAUAUGUCCAUACUUUAGCUUUGGAAGAUGCUAUCCCAAGGUAGGCUUUCUCAGUCUUCUUUGCAGGAGUCUGUUUCCCUUAACCAUCUGUGUGUUUCUUAGAAUUUUUUAUUUCGUUUUAGGUUGUCUUCUCAUUCUACAUCAUUUCCUAGCUGCCCUCUUCUUCUGUGGCUUCAGUUACACACUGUAUGUUAAUGACUACCAAAUUCAUAUCUCCAUUCUAGACCUUUCAUAAUUCAUAUAUCUACCUCUAACUAAAACAAGUCCACUUUGUUCUCUCACUCCUCACUUUGAUCUUGCCACCAACCUGCUCCUCCUCUCAUGUUCUCUUCUUUAGUAACUGACAUUAACAGCCAUUUACUUGCCUUUGCCCAAGCCAAAAAUUCAGUCAUCCUUGACUUUUCCCUCUUCAUCCUUCACAUCCAGUCACAAAGAAAGACCUUUCUGUUUGUCUGCUGUCUAAAUUCCAACUCUCCAGUGCCACUAUCCUAAUUCAGGCCAUCAAUUUAUCUAAAUUAUAGCAACAGCCUCCUCACUAGUUUCCUUUCCCAUGCUGUAGCCAGAUUGUUCCAACAGGUAUAACUGGCCAUACGAUUUCACUGCUUUCACCAUUGCUCCUAGGAUAAGAUGCAAAUAUCUACUCAUAUUUCAGGUUUCAGUUUAAAUGUCAUUUCCUCUAGGAAGCCUUCAUUGAUGCCCUCUAGAUUAGGUACCUUACUAUGCGGUCCCUAAACACCCUGUUCUUUCCCAACAUAUACUUAGCACAAUUUAUUGUGACUGCUUAUUGCUUACUGCUAGACCUUAUCAGCCUUUCUCACUGUUAUAUCUCUAGAGCUUAGCACAGUGUCUGACAUUUCAAUAAAUGUUUGGAUGAAUAAAUAUUUGUGUAGUGUUUUAUGAUCUUUGAAGCUUUUUCACAGUCUUGACCUUUACAGGGGCCCUGCCUUAGGCCAUUCACUGGGUAGUUGUCAUCCACAUUUUACAAGUUAAGAAAUGAAACUAAGUUCUUUGUGAUUGGAGACCUUAUCUUUUGUAUUGUUUUAAUUUCUAAAGUUUAACAGGGCUUGUCAUAUGGCUGAAAGAUUUUAUGCAAAUGUUGUUGAUGAAACAAACUUAGAUUGCAAUUUGCCCUAGUAAACAUAUAAGUACUAAAGCCAGGAUUCAAACCCAGGUAUACUCACAUAUUGUAGUAUUUGUCUUUACCUCUGCAAUAUAGAAAAAAGUCUUUAUUUUUCCUUUAAUUUCUAAAGGCAGACUUUCAACAGAACCUUCAUAUAGAUGGAGAGGAUUGGACAACUAAGUAAACUAAGUAUCAACCUGAGAAGAAAAUGGCAUGCUGUUUUAUUUGCCACUUUCCUGUUUUCUUGCUCUUUGGGGAAUUAAAAGUAAGUAAAUUUAACAUAAUAUUAGGAGAAUGACUCGGUCAGCCAUUCUGGUCACUAGAUAGUCAGAUCACUUGCCUUCCUUUUGCAGAAUGCCCUCAUCACCUCCCCAGGGCAGAUGACCUAAAAGUCACAACUAAUAUAUAUAUAGAUUUGCUAUAUUUCUUUGCAUUCUUAUUCCCAUGUCUCUCUCAACUUAAUUUCUGGGUACCUGGAGCCUUUCAGGCUUAGGUGGGAGAGCCACACUCUUAGGCUCUUUUUCCUUGAGCCAUUUUGACCAAUUUAGGGGGUUUUCUAGUGCUACAGUCUUAAUUAGAUUAUUAUUCUGAGGCAUUUUAACCAUUUAGAGAUCUUCACAGUAGGUAUAAUAAACAUCCAAUGAUUUGAUACUUGCUGCAAAACUGAGCUUUAAUCAACAUAUGGGUUAAAGGGUCUCUCAUUUUUUUCUUACUAUUUGUAACUGAUAAGCAGCCUCAUCCUUCCCAAUAAGUUCUUGAAUUUGUGAACUUGAUUCCUUUUCAUUUCUGCCUGCAAACUGAACAGUUCUCUUCUGAAUUUAUUUUUUUUCCUGUGUAUUUUGUUAAAUGCAGCCAAUAGCACAACCACAAAGUAUUUAAUUUUCUUCUUUUUCUUUAGUAAAGAUUAGAUCAUCUGCCCUCUUAAGUUUUCUCAACGACAGUUUUGCCGCUCUAUAACAUGCAUUGCCACUUUAUAAAUUAUUUCUUCCAUCCUCCAAUAGCAGUUUCCUACAUGCCUGUCAACUAAUCACUAAGCCAUUGU